UUAAACGUCAAGAAACCGUUAAAAUAUGGUAAACUUUGCGGGAAAAUUGCACAAAUGGGUGUUUUAUAAUUAUUUUUCUUUACUUGUAGAUAAUUCUUAACUUAAAAAGUUAAAAAAAUGUUUCAACCUGCCAUAACGUCAUUUUUCACCCGUAAAUCGGCUGAUAACGAAAACAAGAAAGACAGUGGGAAGGAAAACGAAACCGAGAAAGAAACUUCAAAAUCAGUCAAAAGCAAAAAGACCAACAUCGAAGGUAAUGAAGCAGCUACAAGUAGGAGUGAUGGUACAAAUGUCGAAGAUAAAUUAAAAACUGUAGGCAGUAAAAGGAAAAGAAUUGCAGUGAUUGAUUCAGAAUCUAGUGAAGAAGAAAGUGGCACAGUUGAAAAACUAAAUAAAAAAAAUAAUAACAUAAACGGAACUAAUAGUGAAACAUCUGAAAAGUCAAAACCCAAUACUGAUGAAAAAGAAAACGAAAUAGACGAAACAGUUAAUAGCAAUAAGGAUGGGAACACAAGUAAAAAACAGAAAACUGAAGUUUUUAUGAUGGGGUUGAACAAAAAUGAAAAAGAUGCAGAGAGUAAAACAGAAAAAGAUGGAAUAUCAUACAACCCUUCCAAGUCCAAAUACCAUCCUAUUAACGACGCAACUUGGAAAUACGGAGAAAAGGUCCCAUACCUGGCGCUUGCAAGAACUUUAGAAGAAAUUGAAAAUAUAUCGGCAAGAUUAAAGAUAAUUGAGAUUCUGAGUAAUUUCUUUCGCUCAAUAAUCGUCCUAAGUCCUGAAGACCUUUUGCCCAGCCUUUAUCUAUGUUUAAACAGAAUUGCUCCUGCUUAUGAAAAUUUGGAAUUGGGUAUAGCUGAGACUAGUUUAAUUAAAGCAAUUGCUCAAUCAACUGGUCGAACUGUUGCACAAAUAAAAGCAGAUGCCCAAAAAGUAGGCGAUUUAGGACUUGUAGCUGAACAGUCUAAGACCAAUCAAAGAAUGCUUCAUCAACCGGCGCCUCUAACAAUCAGACAAGUCUUUGCAAAUCUGAAAGAGAUCGCCAAAAUGACUGGACAAACGUCGCAAGGAAAGAAAAUUGAUAAAAUCAAAUCGAUGUUUAUCUCUUGUAAACAUUCUGAAGCUCGUUUUUUAAUACGUUCUUUGGCUGGCAAAUUAAGGAUCGGGCUCGCCGAACAGUCAGUCCUGCAGGCUUUGGCUCUAGCAUGUGCAACAACACCCCCACAUCAAUCAUAUCCCCCUGAACGUCUGGAUCUCUCAAACAAGUCAAAUUUCAAAGAAAAAUACGACGAAUUGGCUCUUAUAUUAAAGACCACUUAUUGUGAGUGUCCUAAUUAUGAAAAAAUCAUACCAGUUAUCCUACAAGAAGGAAUAGAAAAGCUGCCAGAAAAAUGCAAGCUAACCCCCAGCGUUCCAUUGAAACCCAUGUUAGCGUUUCCAACAAAAGGAGUUCACGAGGUAUUAAAACGGUUCGAGGGUUUGAAAUUCACUUGCGAAUGGAAAUACGACGGUGAGAGGGCUCAGGUACAUCUCUCCGACAACGGAGACGUCUUUAUAUACAGCAGAAACCAGGAAAAUAACACAACAAAGUAUCCUGAUAUCGUGUCGCGAUUGGAGACCAUUAAAGGCGAGAAUGUCAAGAGCUUUAUUCUGGACUGUGAAGUUGUUGCUUGGGAUACAGCAAAUAAAACUAUUUUACCAUUCCAAAUUCUCAGCACCAGAAAAAGAAAAGACGCUGUAGAGGAAAAUAUCAAAGUGCAGGUGUGUCUCUUUAUGUUCGACUUGUUAUAUUUCAAUGGGGCCCCUCUCGUUCGCGAACCUUUUAUCAAAAGGCGAACAAUUCUUCGAGAUAACUUUAAAGAGGUCGAGGGUCAGUUCCACUUUGCGAAGAACCUCGACACUACUGUUAUCGAAGAAAUUCAAGACUUUCUGGAGGAGAGCGUAAAAGGCAAAUGCGAAGGACUUAUGAUUAAAACGGUCGAAGAAGAAGCUACGUACGAAAUCGCAAAACGAUCUCACAAUUGGUUAAAGUUGAAAAAAGACUACCUCGAAGGGGUGGGCGACACCCUAGAUGUUGUGGUUAUUGGAGGUUACUUGGGAAAAGGAAAACGAACGGGAACCUACGGGGGCUUCUUACUUGCCUGCUACGACAAGGAGAACGAAGAAUAUCAGAGCAUCUGUAAAAUUGGAACAGGAUUCUCUGAUGAAGUGCUCCAAACUCAUACCGAAUUUUUGAAGAAGCACAUAAUAGAGAAACCCAAGCAAUACUACAGGUUUGAUCCGAAUAUAGAGCCUGAUCACUGGUUUGACGUCGUCCAGGUGUGGGAAGUGAAAUGUGCAGACCUCAGCUUGUCUCCAGUUCACAGGGCAGCAAUUGGAAUUGUUGAUCCUGAAAGGGGCAUAUCUUUGCGGUUCCCCCGUUUCAUUCGGAUUCGUGACGAUAAAACCGUCGAGGAGGCCACAUCGGCUGAUCAAGUCGCGGAAAUGUAUAAUAACCAAGAUCAAAUUAAAAAUCAGACCGAAUCUACUGCUACUGCUGAUGAAGAUUUCUAUUAAAAUAGUUAUUAUUUAAAAUAAACAUUAUUUUUAAUACAGUUUGCUUUACUUGU